GGGGGCUUGGGGAGCGGUUGCUGUGGCAACGGCGCGGCCGAGGCCUUGGGGGACCCUGCGGGCCGGGUCCCGCGGCCCCCCGGCCUGCACAGCCCGGACAGCGGCCCGGGCCGCGCUGAGGCCUGAGGCGGCGGCUGCUUUUGGGGAGGGGAUCCCGGAGAGGCCCCCGCCCUGCGGCACCGCCCCGGCGAAGGCCCCUUCUCCGACCCGUCCGGGGAAGCCGGUGUUGGUGGAGCUCGGACCGGGUAGAGCGGGUCCUGUCAGCAGCACCCCCGGCCCCGCGUUACCUCAGAUCGCGCUGAGGGAAGAAUGCGGCAAACGUGGAUGUUGUGUGCGGGGCCGGGCAGCUCUGCCGGGGCGCUGGGGGAAGGGUCGGCCGGUCCUGCCAUGGCGUGUGUGCGGGGAGGGGUCAUGGCCACAGGUCUGACAGGAUUCAAGAGUCACAGAAUCACAGCCUGGCUGGGGUUGAAGGGACCUCUGGGGAUCAUUUAGUCCAACCCAUCUCCUAAAGCAGGUUCACCAGAGCAGAUCACACAGGAUCGUGUCCAGGACUUUAUGGAGAUUUGGAUACUCUGCCAGACUACUGAAAACUAAUCAUUUUAGGGCAGCUGCAUCACAUACAUCAUUUCCAGCAGUUUGGAUGCUAUUGGCACAAUAUUCUGGCAGAAUACCUGGGCUCUUUGUAGCAGCUGAAAAAAACAGGUUUUUUACAAUGCCUGAAGCUGUGGAGGAUAAAGCUGAUCUAGAACUGUAUUCACCCAAUCCUGAGGUGCGGGGGAUGACACUGCUCAACAGAGAAGCUUUUAAAAGGACAGUUCUUGUUCCAGCUCUUAAAGUCAAGAAAGAAAUUGUAAACGCUUUGGUAAAAUCUCUAAAACAUACGGUACUACAGCGCCCUGGUCUAAAGCGAGUGGUUGAGGAUCCAGAAGAUGAGGACAGUAGGUUUGUUAUUUUGGAUCCUCAUAAAAUACCAGAAUUCUCAUUGGGAGAAUCGGAGCAAGAGGUAUUAAAACAGCUUGAUGUUUGUCCUGAGGUGUCCAAGUAUAACUUGGAGCUGACCUACGAGAACUUCAAGGCGGAGGAGAUCCUACGAGCCGUCCUUCCUGAAGGUCAGGAAGUCACCUCGGGAUUUAGCCGUGUUGGUCACAUCGCUCAUUUGAAUCUUAGAGACCAUCAGCUACCGUACAGACAUUUGAUCGGACAGGUUAUAAUUGACAAGAAUCCGGGAAUCACCUGUGUAGUGAAUAAAACCAAUAUUAUUGACAGCACGUACAGAAAUUUUCAAAUGGAAGUGCUCGCUGGAGACAGCAACCUGGUAACUAAGGUCAAAGAAAAUAACAUUGCAUAUGAAUUGGACUUUUCUAAAGUCUACUGGAACCCACGUCUUUCCACAGAACACGGCCGUAUCGUUGAGCUUUUAAAGCCCGGUGAUGUCCUUUUCGAUGUCUUUGCUGGGAUUGGACCUUUUGCUAUUCCAGCAGCAAAGAAAAAAUGCCAGGUGUUUGCAAACGAUCUCAAUCCUGAGUCCUACAAGUGGUUGCUGCACAACUGCAAACUGAACAAGGUAGAGAAGAAGAUAAAAGCAUUCAACAUGGAUGGCAGGGAGUUCCUUCUGGGGCCAGUAAGAGAGGAACUCAGUAAAGAACUCCCGCUUCUGAAAGAAGAACAGAAAACUUCUUUUCAUAUAGUCAUGAAUUUGCCAGCUUUGGCUAUUGAAUUUCUAGAUGUUUUCAGGCAUUUCCUCGCCGGAGAGCCAUGCGGCACUGCUCGCCUUCCCACGGUGCACUGCUAUGGUUUCUCCAAACACGACGACCCGGCCAAAGAUAUUCAAGAACGCGCUGAGGCUUCGCUGGGAACCUCCUUAGCUGGCCGCUGUUCUACCUACCUGGUCAGAAAUGUCGCGCCCAACAAGGAGAUGCUGUGCAUCAGCUUCCAGCUUCCAGCGGACGUGCUGUACAAGAGGCCCUGCCCUGAUGGAGCAAACCCAGCCUCUAAACGUCUGUGUACCAGCAAAGAUGCUUCUGAAGAAGAGCUGGAACUGAAGAAGAGUUGAAGAUGAGAGUGAUGGUAACUAAUUCAGUGGUUUAUGUAAGAUACACUUAGGUUACCUCUGGUUUACCCCUUGAAUUACUUGAAGCAUAUCUAUGUUACCCAUCUCAGGUGCCGAGAUGCGUAAUGCAUGUUGCAGCUUUCCUUAGUGAGCGUUUACUUUUUUUUAAUUGUGGGAUCAAUAAAGAAAUUGAAGUUGCUGUUACUACAAAAAGCCAAAACUUUGCUUUUUUGUAAUCGACGUGUUUUGGUACUUUUCUGCUCUCUAUUGUUUCAGGCCUCGUGAUAAUUCAGUGACACACACCAGGACAGUUUUCUGCUGUGUUACUUUGAUAAUGUGCAGUCUGUGUUGAAAACAGAUUUUUGUAUUUUUUCAGGUCUAGCAAGAUGACUUGUAUAACCCCUGCACUGGAUUCUCUUUGACAAAUGGGUUUGGUGUUUUAAGAAUAAAUGGUGUAAGCAA